CAAUGAUGUAUUAAACAACGAGACAUCCAAUAAGACCCGGGGUCGUCUUCUCUUCAAAACCCUAACCAGCACUUACUCAGACAGAGAGAGAGAAAUAGAGAGAGAGCUAGUUGAAGAAGACGGGAAGAAUGCCAGGUCCCACAGUAGAAAUGGAGCCAAUAGAGCCACAAUCAGUGAAGAAACUUAGCUUCAAAUCUCUAAAACGAACCAGCGAUCUUUUCUCUCCUACUCACGCUCAGCUCGCUCCUCCCGAUCCUGAAAGUAAAAAAAUUCGAAUGAACCACAAGAUAAAUUUGGAGUAUAAAGGAAUCAAAAGCACGUGUGAGCCGCAACAAGUUAAUUCAGCCACAACGGAAGCUUCAGGGCCUUCUAAUGUCCUUGCUCUUCCGGGUUCAGGUGAUUCUAGUGUUUCGCAGAAAAGUGGAGCUCAAAAUGCAUUGGUUGUUGGCCCAUCUUUGCAAUCAAAGGCGCGGAGUGAUGGUGGCGUUUCGGGCAAAAGCACUGCAGUGAUCACUGCUUCUGGUUCAUCUGAAAGGAACUUCUCAACCUCUGCUAUAAUGGAAAGAAUCCCAAGCAAAUGGCCACGCCCUGUUUGGCGUCCUCCAUGGAAGAACUACAGGGUCAUUAGUGGUCAUUUGGGUUGGGUGAGAUCUGUUGCAUUUGAUCCAAGUAAUACAUGGUUUUGUACUGGUUCUGCAGAUCGAACAAUCAAGAUAUGGGAUGUAGGAAGUGGAAGGUUAAAGCUCACACUAACUGGACACAUCGAGCAAGUACGAGGUCUUGCCGUUAGCCAAAGACAUACCUACAUGUUCUCUGCUGGUGAUGAUAAACAGGUUAAAUGCUGGGACCUUGAACAGAAUAAGGCAAUCCGGUCUUAUCAUGGCCAUCUAAGUGGUGUCUACUGCUUGGCCCUUCAUCCUACUAUUGACCUUUUGCUUACUGGGGGGCGUGAUUCCGUCUGCCGGGUCUGGGAUAUUCGUACAAAGGUGCAAGUUUUUGCACUGUCUGGGCAUGAUAAUACAGUGUGCUCAGUUUUUACUCGACCUACGGAUCCACAAGUGGUUACUGGUUCCCAUGACUCAACUAUCAAGUUCUGGGAUCUUAGAUAUGGUAAGACUAUGUUAACUCUUACACAUCACAAGAAAUCUGUGCGAGCCAUGGCGCUGCAUCCGACAGAGCACUGCUUUGCAUCUGCAUCAGCUGACAACAUUAAGAAAUUCAAUCUUCCAAAAGGAGAAUUUUUACACAACAUGCUUUCUCAGCAGAAAACCAUCAUUAAUGCAAUGGCUGUCAAUGAAGAUGGUGUAAUGGCCACAGGAGGUGACAACGGGAGUUUAUGGUUCUGGGAUUGGAAGAGUGGUCAUAAUUUCCAGCAAGCCCAGACAAUUGUACAGCCUGGCUCAUUGGAUAGUGAAGCUGGUAUAUAUGCUGUCUGCUAUGACGUAAGUGGUUCAAGGCUUGUUACAUGUGAAGCUGACAAGACAAUAAAAAUGUGGAAAGAGGAUGAAGAUGCCACCCCAGAAACUCAUCCCCUCAACUACAAGCCACCGAAAGAUAUCCGGCGCUUCUAAUGAUUGUGCUUGCUCCUUUUCUAUUUGGGUGGCCAUGUAUCAUACUCGUUUGCAACAUUUUUGACAAAAUGGAAACAUGUAUUGAGCUUUUGUGGUGUACGACUAUAUUUGCGGUUGCAUGUUGUAUCAGAAUGAGCAUGAGAACAGAAAUUAACUCCUCAUCGUCAAAGUUGCCUUGAAAA